AUGGACGCCGCGGACGUGAUCCCGGCUUGGUCGCUGGUCCGCGGCUACUUCUCCCCGGCCACGCUCUUCCUCCUGCUCAACGUGGUCAUCGGCACCAUCGCGCUCACCUCCCGCCGCCGCCACAACCACCACCACGACGACCAUCACCACCAGCAGCAGCAUCAAAAGGACUACGUCGAUCAGUACGACGCUGCCCCGCGGGCUCCCGCCCCGCUGGCGCGCACGUCGUCCGUCAUGGAGCGCCUGCGCUCCCUCGGCCUCUACCGCUUCCGCUCCGGCGACUUCCCUCCCGAGUACAACUACAGCCUCUCCGCCGGCGACGACGACGAAAGCAACAAGCAGCACCAGCAGCAGGCUCAGUACGCCCGGAGCCGGUCUGAGCCGGCUGCCGCGAAGCCGCCGACGAACAGGACGGGCAACGGGGCGGAGAAGGCGGCCAAGGCGAAGGUGGCGAAGAAGCCGCUCUCGGAGGUGAGGAGGCUGGAGCGCGCCCCGGCGCCGGCGCCCGCGCGGCUAGUGCAGCGCGCGCCGAGGGCUCCCGUGGCUCGCGCGGUGGUGACGGCGGCGGCGACCGAGGCCGCGCCGGCUGCGUGCGUGGACGAGAGGGCCGACGACUUCAUCAACAAGUUCCGGCAGCAGCUCCAGCUCCAGAGGCUCAACUCGCUGCUCAACUACAAGGAGAUGCUCAACCGCGGCACGUAG